UCAAAUGAUUUGCAGAUUUGGCGAGCUCUCCACCGACGUCUCAAGAAAGUAAAAAGCGAUUAACCCACAGUAACACCUUAAUAUCGCUAAUUGAAUUCUUUUUCCCUUCUUGAAUUCGUCUCCCACUUCAGAAAGCUAGAAAUUCCCAUUGUCUAUAUACUUUCUACCGGAAAUGUGGAGAAGAUCCGCUUCUUUUGUCCUUGACAAGCGGCAAUUAGCUCAAGCAUCUCCUCCUCACCAGCAAAUUCUCCUCUCCAGCGACGACAUGGAGCCAAACAAUCUCCCAAACCCUAACCCUAGCACGGAUCAUGGAAUCUCUGCAUACUACCAGACAAGGGCAGAGCACCACGCUGUUGUCACCAGCGAUUGGCUAGCACAAGCCCAGGCCGCUGUUACACGAAACGCGGCGGUGCCUGAGGUUUUGCCUAAGAUCGCGGCUACGGGAGGGAGCAGGGCUGCCGGCAGUGGGAAAGCCUUCAGUGUCAUCGAUGAGUUCAAUUAUUGGAGGAAAAAACCUGACUUGGCGGAAGCCGUUGCGGCGAUUAUGGCCCUUGCGGCCUUUAUCCGUUCCAGCGAGGCCACUACCAUGAUGGAACUCGAGAUCGAGCUCAAGAAAGCAUCCGACACGCUCAAGUCAUGGGAUACAACCUCUAUAUCUCUGUCAGCUGGCUGUGAUUUAUUCAUGCGCUAUGUGACCAGAACUUCUGCAUUGGAGUAUGAGGACUUCAAUGCUGCAAAACUUCGUUUGAUCGAGCGUGGAGAGAAAUUUGGAGAAAUUUCUUUGAAGGCUCGUCGGACCAUUGCAAUGCUUGGUCAAGAUUUUGUUUUUGAUGGCUCUACAAUCCUUGUCCAUGGCUACUCGAGAGUUGUGCUGGAAGUGCUGAAACUGGCAGCAUCUAAUAGAAAGAUGUUUAGAGUUUUAUGUACAGAGGGAAGACCAGAUAGAACAGGUUUACGGUUCUCAAAUGAACUUGCGCAGCUAGGUGUUCCUGUUAAGCUACUAAUUGAUUCUGCUGUAGCGUAUACCAUGGAUGAGGUUGAUAUGGUAUUUGUUGGUGCUGAUGGUGUUGUUGAAAGUGGAGGAAUCAUCAAUAUGAUGGGGACUUAUCAAAUUGCAUUAGUGGCUCAUUGUAUGAACAAACCUGUUUAUGUGGCUGCAGAAAGUUAUAAGUUCGCCCGGCUGUAUCCUUUGGACCAGAAAGAUUUAGCUCCUGCAAUUCGCCCAAUUGAAUUUGGAGUCCCAAUUCCAUCAGGUGUUGAAGUUGAAAGGAAUGCAAGGGAUUACACACCUCCUCAGUAUCUAACUCUUCUUUUCACCGAUCUUGGUGUUCUCACUCCCUCUGUUGUCAGUGAUGAGCUGAUUCAGCUCUACCUAUAAUGAGGCCUUGCCGAUCGAUCCCAACAGAGGCAAUUAGGAGCUUGUUGCAGAAGCUUGCAGGAGAUGAAUCAUGGUGCCAUUAAUGGGGGAUAUAGCCAUUGGAGUUGUUUGACAAAGGAGGAAAUCUGAUUAAUCAGUCUGUUUUUUGAAGAAACUUGCUUGGAGAUUUGAUAUUUGAUCAUAGCAUCCAUGAUAUUUUUGCCAGUAAGCUCAUUAACACAAAUGGUAUAUUUAGAAUUUUUUGGCUUAGAUUGUAUGGCAAAUUUAUGUAGAAAGCUUUGUAAUAAUGGUAGUUGGCUGAAUUGUGCUUGCUUUAGAAAAAUUUUACCCCUUUUGUUUCU